GGGUUGUCAGCAUUUGACAUGUUUAAUCACACAAUUUAGCCUGUGUCAUCUUAACAACACUGUCAUAAACUCCGUAAUCACGCCAAGAAUUUGUAAUGCUGUCAUAUAAAGUAUCAUUUCCUCCUCCCGUUGUCUCCAUUGUGGCUUAGUGCGCACUAGCUUUAGCGCAGAUGUCCACCAGAUGGCGCUGGCACUCGCGCUAUCGCCCGUUCACUUUCACUUGUCGCUCGUCACCGGUCAGUCUGGCCCGACCUGCUCCAUACAUCCAACAGCUUGCAUUCGGCGCUACUCAGAGGUGAUGACACUGCCGGAUUCUUUCAUCCAACGCCAGCAGCUGGACGCCAGCAUGGCUGACACCUUCUUAGAGCAUCUCUGUCUGCUGGACAUUGACCAGGAGCCAAUCACAGCACGCAACACCAGCAUAAUCUGCACCAUCGGUGAGUUGGAGCAGGAGGUGGCGCUGGAGAAGGGCAGCCAUGUCCGAGUGGUGACAGCAGAGAGUGACAAAGACAAGACAGACGGAAAGAUUAUCUGGGUGGACUAUCCCAGCCUGCCCAAAGUCCUCAAGAAGGGCGGAAAGAUCUACAUUGAUGACGGUCUCAUUGGACUCAAAGUCACAGAAAUAGGCCCUGACUGGGUGGACACAGUGGUUGAGGCCAGUGGGGUGCUUUGCAGUCGUAAAGGCGUGAACCUCCCUGGCUGCGACCUGAUCGGCCUGCAGGCAGUCAGUGAGCGUGAUAAGGCGGACCUGAGGUUCGGGGUGGCCCAAGGUGUCGACAUGGUGUUUGCCAGCUUUGUUCGUUCAGCCCAGGAUGUCAAGAAUGUUCGGUCUGCUCUGGGGCCACUCGGACAAAAUAUCAAAGUGAUCAGCAAGGUGGAAAGCCGGCAAGGGGUACAGAAUUUUGAGGAGAUCCUGGCUGAGAGCGAUGGCGUGAUGGUUGCCAGGGGCGACCUGGGGAUCGAGAUUCCUGUGGAAAAAGUCUUCAUUGCCCAGAAAAUGAUGAUUGGGCGCUGCAACUCUGCUGGAAAGCCCGUCAUCUGUGCCACACAGAUGCUGGAGAGCAUGGUAGCCCAUGCACGGCCAACUAGAGCAGAGGGCAGUGACAUCGCCAAUGCUGUGCUGGAUGGAGCCGACUGUGUAAUGUUAUCUGCAGAGACCGCCAAGGGACUGUUUCCUGUGGAGGCAGUUGCAAUGAUGCACUCGAUCUGCAGGGAGGCAGAGGCGGCCAUUUUCCACCAGCAGCUAUUUGAGGAGUUGCGUCGCCUCACUCCUCUCUCCUCCGAUCCCACAGAGGUCACAGCCAUUGGAGCUGUUGAGUCCUCCUUCAAAUGCUGUGCUGGGGCCAUCAUAGUCCUUACCACCAGUGGCAAAUCGGCUCAUCUCCUGUCCAGGUACCGCCCUCGCUGUCCUAUCAUUGCUGUCACCAGGAGCCCUCAGGCGGCCCGUCAGUCCCAGCUGUUACGAGGAGUGUUCCCUGUCCUCUUCCACCCUCUGCCUGCUCCUGUCUGGGCUGAUGAUGUAGACAAAAGGGUCAACUUUGGCAUGGACCUAGGGAAAACAAGAGGGUUCUUCAAAUCAGGCGACAUGGUGAUUGUGAUGACUGGCUGGAUCCCUGGGUCUGGUCACACUAACAUUAUGAGGGUAGUCAGUGUGCCCUAACACCAUGGCCCUACUGGACUGGCUGACAUGCUGCUGGCCUGACAGUGUUAUAGCCUCUUUAACACUACCUAUAAUGUUUAAAUGUGAUGAAAAAUGGAGACUCACUGCCAUCAAAUAAAUCAAUAACCACUGCCAUUGAUAGAUUAACAAAAGCAUUAAAACAUCAUUAUUUGUAACUGGAACUGGUUUCUUAAAAGCAAUGACUCCCUCCAAAUAAACUUUGAACCAUUAAUAUUAACAUGCU